GAAAGCGUUACCUGAGUCACCUCAGCCCAGCCUUCUGUCUAUGAAGAGUGACCGGUCAAUGGGUAUACCAAUAAAGUUUCAAGAGAAAGAGAAAGAAAGAUAUCAAAAGAAGAGAGCUGGCUCACCUGAGCCCAGCAUUUUGUCUGUGAAGAGUGACGGGUCAAUGGGUAUACCAAUAAAGUUUCAAGAAGAAGAAAAAGAAAGAGACAAACAUGGCAAAUCCAGUCCUCCAGAGGAUCAGAUGGAAACUGAACACCAGCCACUUAGUACAAAAUAUCCAGCAGGUGACAUUAGAAUGAUGGAGGACAAAGAGCAUCAGAGCAGUACUAGAGAACUGGAUCCUGUGUGGAAGCAAAAGUUUAAAUCCAUAUUGCAGAAGACAUUUCAAACAAUUACGGAAGGAAUUGCAAUGUAUGGAAUCAGUACAUUUACAUCUCUGAAUAAGAUUUACACAGAACUUUACAUCACAUCGAGUUGUGGGUCUGGACACAUCAAUGAAAUGACCAAUGAGAUCAGGAGAAUUGAAAGAGAAUUUAUAAGACAAUAUGAAACAACAGAGGAGCCCAUCAGUUGUAAUGAGAUUUUUAAACCCUUACUUGGAGAUGAGAAACCCAUUAGAGUCGUACUAACAGAAGGCAUUGCUGGAAUUGGGAAAACAGUGUCUGUGCAGAAGUUUGUUCUGGACUGGGCUGAAGGAAAAGCAAAUCAAGAUUUUGACUUAAUUUUUCCCCUAAACUUUAGAAAGUUAAAUUUUAAGAAGGAAGAAUCUCUCAGUUUGUUGGAGCUUAUUUACUGUUUUUACCCAAAAAUCAAAGAACUUAAAAUGGAGUUUCAUCACCAGAGAAUCUUGUUCAUCUUUGAUGGACUGGAUGAGUCUCGUUUCUCUCUCGAUUUCCAAAACAGCAAAAUGUUGACAGAUCUAACAGAGUCAGCGUCAGUAGACGUACUGUUAACAAAUCUUAUUAAGGGAAAUCUGCUUCCAUCUGCAUUCCUCUGGAUAACAUCUCGACCUGCAGCAUCCAGUCAGAUUCCACCUGUUUAUAUUAACAGAGUAACAGAGAUACGAGGGUUUAAUGACCCUCAGAAAGACGAGUACUUCAGAAAAAGAAUCAGUGAUCAAACCCUGGCUAAUAAAAUCAUUACAUACCUGAAGUCAUCACGAAGUCUUUACAUUAUGUGCCACAUGCCAGUCUUCUGUUGGAUUACAGCGAAUGUUCUUGAGGGAAUGUUCAGUGAAGCAGGAACUGGAGACGUCCCCAAGACGCUGACUCAAAUGUUCACACAUUUCCUGAUCCUACAGAUGAAACGUGGAUCCCAAAAGUACAAAAGGCAUGAAAUGGAUCCUGGACAGAUUGCAGACAUUGUACUUAAACUGGGAAAGUUGGCAUUCCAACAGCUGGAGAAGGGAAACCUGAUCUUCUAUGAGGAGGACAUCACUGAGUGUGGCAUUGAUGUCAGAGAGGCCACAGUGUACUCAGGAGUUUGCACUCAGAUCUUUAUUGAGGAAGUCACUUCACAUCUGGGGAAGGUGUACAGCUUUGUGCAUCUAAGUAUUCAGGAGCAUCUUGCUGCAGUGUAUGCUUUUCUCUCAUGUGUCAACGGAAAUCUCUUAGAACAACAAACCCCUGCUAUAUUUGGUCUCUCCACCAGGGCAACACUGUUAAACCUUCUAAAGGCAGCAGUAGUUAAGGCCUUACAGAGUAAGAAUGGACACCUGAACCUUUUCCUCCGCUUCCUUGUGGGUCUCUCACUGGAGUCCAAUUUAGUUCUCUUACAAGACCUACUGACAGAGACAGGACACAGAUAUCUGAGGGAAAAGGCUGCUGACACAAACAAGGAAAUAACAACGUACAUCAGGGAGAAGAUUGGAAAGAAUCAAGGAAUAUGCGAAUCCAUCAAUUUGUUCCAUUGUCUAUUUGAACUGAAUGAUCAGUCUCUAGUACAGGAAGUUCAAGUCUUUUUGAGUAAAACAGAAAAUAAUCGCCUCAGUGGAGUCAAACUUACUGCAGCUCAGUGGUCAGCUGUGGGUUUCAUGUUAAUGAACUCAGAAGAGGAGCUGAAAGAGUUUAAUCUACAGAAAUAUGCAGCAUCGCAGGAGUGUUUAAGGAAACUUUCCUCAGUGGUCACAGUUUCCAGAAAAGCUCUGUUGUGUGAUUGUAAUCUCACAAAGAAAAGCGGUGUCACUCUGGCAAAAACUCUGAACUCAAAGUGUACUUGUCUAAGAGAGCUGGACGUGAGUGGUAAUAACCUGGAGGAUUCAGGAGUCAAAGAUCUUUCUUCUGGGUUGAUGAGUCCACACUGUAAACUGGAGAUUCUAAGGUUGCGUAACUGCAGCAUUACAGAAGAAGGCUGUCUCGCUCUUGCUGAAGCUCUGAGGACAAAGUCACACCUGAGAGAGCUCGAUCUGCGCGGUAAUGAUUUAGGAGAACAGGGAGUGAAGCUGCUGUCUGAAAUAAAGGAGGAUGAAAAGUACACACUGGAGACGUUGAAGCUGGCUGUGAGAUCUUCAGAUCUGACCUGAAGUACAGUAGAGAGGAAGUCACAUGGAGAUAACUUCUAACAGAACACCCAUACUUAUAGCUGUCUAUCAUCUUUUAGGACCCACAUGCUUGUUUAUGUCCAGCUUUUAUGGAGGAUAAGAUAAAAGGAUGAGUUAUAUUUUCUAAUCAAGCAAACUUAGGCGUUAGUGGUGUUUGUUGUUAGCUGUCAGGUCGAUGGAACACCUUAGGAAUUGUAAAGGAGCUGAGACAUGUGAUAAGUACAGUAGUAUAUAACUGGAAACCUAGUGACUGGUUGUGGUGUUGCUUCUGGAAGAUUUGUCUGUUUACUGAGAGAGUGUUUUAGCUUUAGAAAUGGAUUUUGAGGUAAAGUAAAUAUAUGGAAAGUCUGAUGAAUGUUCUGCAUGUUGUUAGUUAAUUGUGAGCUUGACUAGAAGGUUAUUGGAAAUAAAAAGCAGUAACAGGUUCAUAAAUUUAAAAACUAUCAUUCUGAGCUGGCGGAUGGUGUCCUGACCCGUGACUGGAGAUUCUGGAGGAUCGAGGAUGUGAAUAGACCUGGUUUCUAAUAUGAUUCCAGAAUAACAGUGGAAAAUCAGAAAUGGCACGUUAUUAGAUCUUAGCAGCGUAAGAUGUGACUGAAGUUGAUCCAUUAUCCAUGCAGAUCAUGCCAUAAAACGUUGGCACACAUGAACCAUGGAUUAAUUGCAAAUUUACUGUAUAAUAGUGUGAAGUACAGGUUUACUGUCGCUAUAUGUAUCUGGGUCUAUUUCUGAGGAAAAAAACGUAAUUAUAUUUAUGUAUUUAUUUAUCUGAGCUCCUUUACAACUCCUAAGGUGUUCUAUCCAGGUUUGCCUGAUAUAAAUUAAAUUUAUGUUCGAUUAACACGCUCCUGUAGCGGUUAGCACUGUCGCCUUGCACCUGCAGGGUCCGAGUUCGAUUCCCAGCCAGACUCGAUUCCCGUCUCUGUGUGCAUGGAGAUUGCAUGUUCUCCCCGUGAUUGGUGGGUUUCCUCCCACAGUUCAAAGACUUACAGUGAGUGUGUGUGUGUGUGUGUGUGUGUGCCCUGCGAUGUAUUGGCACCCUGUCCACGGUGUACCCUGCCUCGUGCUCUAAGCCUCCUGGGCUACAGGCCCCCGCGACCCUAAAUAUGGGAUGUUUUACUGAAAUUAUCCUAAUUGUUUAUUGUGGUCUUGUUUUGUUUUCAGGCCAAGAUUAAUUAAAAAGUAGUCCAGUUAUUUUGCCUUUUUUUUUUUUUAUCAGAAAACAAUGCGAUCCAUGACUCAAAUCCAUGAUCUGACCUGAACAGUCAGUUUUGUGAUCUGUUCCACCCUAUUAUACUGUAUGUAUAAGCACCAAGAACAUGUAAACACAAAUAAACCCAUUUUUGUAACUGUAGUAACUUAUUAUUUCAUAUGAUAUAUAUGUAGUGUUUUUAUAACAUAUACAGUAUAAAAGUAUAAAACAACUGUGGAUGUGAGACUCAUACUGUAUUUGUUCUUAUUAAACUUAUUUAGUAUCUCACAUCUAGAUUUUAUUUAUUUACUCUUAUAAUAUGUGUAUCUACAAUCCGUAAAGACAAUUCACAAGAUUUAAACAUCCCUCUGUACGUGUAGACUAACAUUCCAUAAGCAUUUUAAAUAAAAUUAUAUUCCUGUGUUUAACUGAUGUGAAAUACUAUUGUUGUAUAUCUGCUGUGAUGUAACUAAUGUUGUGUGAAUUUAAUCUCUCCAGACUGACUGUACUGAUAUUUCUUUACCUCUUCUUUUUCUUUGACAAGUUUCAUAAACACUUUUUCGACCAAAUGUUAAACAUCUGUGCUCUCUGAUUAAUGAAGUCAUAUUUUCAGUGAUAAUAAAUAAGUUUCAACACACAA